AUGACUGCUCAUCGACGAACGCCUUCGAAGACAGAUCCGAACGGCACACAACCGCUGCAUCGUGCUAAAGAGGCGGAAGAUCUCCUGACUGCUGUCCAACAACUGGUAACUUCGUUCAUCCAAGCUGCAGACGACGAUGCUUCAUCCAAGUUCCAAGGUCUCAGUCUUGAUCAACCCGUAGGAGGACCUAGGUCUGUCCUACUCGAUCAACAUUCGCCCAAGGAGCUACGCAAACUGGUUGGCUUUGCCCUACCAGAAGAAGGCCUGGGCAAAGAUGGCCUCAUCGAGAUGGCAAAGAAGACUCUGCAGUACAGUGUCAACAUCUGGGACCAAGGCUUUCUAGACAAGCUGUAUGCUGCCACGACGCCUGUUGGACUUGCCGCCGACAUGUUGCUCAGCUCGCUGAACACGAACGUCCACGUCUACCAGGUCUCGCCAGCCUUGACGAUUAUCGAGAAGCAGACUGGACGUGCUCUCGCUUCGAUGUUCGGGUUGGACGGGCCUAAUGCUGGAGGUGUCACGCAGCCCGGCGGAAGCGCUGCUAAUCAGUCUUCGAUGGUCAUUGCAAGGAACAAUCUAUACCCCGAGACCAAGGCGGAAGGUAAUGGGACACGGCGCUUUGUACUCUUUACAUCUGCACAUGGACACUAUAGCGUUGAGAAGGCAGCACAGAUGUUUGGCUUUGGCUCCAACGCAGUACGAGCCGUCGACAUCGACGAAAGAGGCUGCAUGCGACCUGAUGCUCUCGAUGCGGCAAUCCAGAAGGCGAAGGACGACGGCGGAACGCCUUUCUACGUCAACGCGACGGCAGGCACAACCGUUCUCGGCUCCUUCGACCCGAUAGACGCCAUCUCAUCGGUGGCAAGAAAGCACAAACUCUGGCUCCACGUCGACGGAUCUUGGGGCGGCUCAAUCGUCUUCAGCCCUCAGCAACGACACAAACUCAAAGGCAUCGAGAAAGCCGAUUCCGUCUCCAUUUGUCCACACAAGAUGAUCAACGUCCCACUAACCUGCUCCUUCCUCAUCGGCAAAGACCUCCGCCAAUUCCACAAAGGCAUGACCCUUCCAGCCGGCUACCUCUUCCACACCAGCGAAGACACCGAGAAGGACAUCCCCAACGGCGGCGACAUCGAAGACCUCUCCGGCGCUGAAGAGCAAGCUCACGAGUACUGGGACCUCGCAGAUCUAACCCCACAAUGCGGCCGCCGUGGCGACGCUCUCAAACUCGCUUUGAGCUGGGUCUACUACGGCACUUCCGGCUUCGCGGCAUAUAUCGACCACGCCUUUGAUGUCGCCGCGCACAUGGCGAGUCUCAUCGCCUCCAAGUCGAAUUUCACGCUCGUGUCGGAGAAUCCACCGCCUUGUUUGCAGAUUUGCUUUUACUACAAUAGGCAAGCUGAGGCGGAGAGGAAUAGCAAGGCUACUGAGGAGAUUACGAAGAUUUUGAUUCCGAGGGGGUUCAUGACGGAUUAUGCGCCUGGAGAGCAUGGGAAGUUCUUUAGGGUUGUGGUUAAUGGGCAGACGAGGAAAGAGACUGUUGAGGGGUUGGUGAAUGCUAUUGAGGAGAUUGGGAGGCAUCAUAAGCUGUGA